UUGUCAACUGAGCUCCCGUUAGGAUUUGUUAUGAAGUUCAUAAGAAGCUGAAUCGGAGCAUUGCCUGACGUGCUCGCGGCACGUAUGUUGCUGCAUCCUGAAGGCUUUGUCUUUAAAGGUUCCAGCUCGCCAGUGUACGAAGCUGUUCACGUCUUUGCGUCAGUUCAGCUGGCACUUGCUCUAUGCGGAUGGCUUGAAUCCCGGUCGACGUUGUACUGUAACGAGCGGAGUGAGAAUACCAACUUGCGCAAGCAUCGAACGUGGAUCUGAUUGAGAUUGAUGUAUUCCUCUGAAACCUGUUGUGCCACGUCGCCAGUGAACGCGCGCCGCUAGACAUCAGCCACUUAGGGGCCAUGAAGUCAGCUUUUGAGUCGACGCAACGGUUACGUGCAAUGCUACCGGCUUUUGAAUCGACGCAACGGUUACGCGCAAUGUUACCGCGUAACAUCCAUCGAGCGAUCGCCUCGAUCUACGACGCCAGGCGAAUGCCGAGACUGUCAGGCGUCUUCUUCAUCGCGCUAAUUUCGCUAGUCUCCUUAAUCUCCUUCUCCCUCUGGCAAUCCAAGUGCUGCCGCUGCUUACACGGCAGCAGAGAACGAACCCACAGGAGAGGAAGCAUCAGCACCAGCAUCAGCAGCAGCAGCAGCAGCAGGAUCGGGUUUGAUGGUUCAAACGACAUAAGCAUUAGUAGCCACGUCGCGUCUGGUCGUGCGUUACUUAAUUCUACGGAGGACGAUCGACCGUUCAUUUACGUGUACGAUCUAGGGCCGGCUUACACUGAUAAGAUCCUCCAGUUAGAGCCAUCGUGGUAUUCGCACCAGUACGACGUGGAGAAGUACAUGACGGAGCUGCUUAUAGCGAGUAACGCCGUGCGCACUGUGGACCCGUACAAGGCGUCGCUCUUCUUCGUGCCGUUCUUCUCGGCGCGGCUCACGCUGUACCACUUCAAGGACUGGGACAACAACAUGCGGCACGCCGUGGAAGAGGCGUCCAAGGUGUGGACGGAGAUUCUUACAACUGUGCGCAAGAACUACCCCUUCUUCAACCGAACCAACGGCCGGGAUCACUUCAGCAUCCUGACGCUCGAUCACGGCCGUUGCCACUCGCUCACCUUUGUGGACCCGGGGCUUGUGGGCGAGAUGUUCUUUGUGACUUAUAACGGGGACAAGCUUGUGAGGAGUAUACAUGCGAGCAAGGAGCGGAAUAUGCAGGCCAUCACCUACAACUACAAGCUCCCAGUGGACGCCUCUCUCCCCGACAUCCCCUGCUACAUGCCCGAUCGCGACAUAGUCGUGCCCGUGCUUGUGGCGAAAGGGCUGCCCCUGGUGUCGCCCUUUGAGGGCGAGAGGGACAAGGCGGUGCUGUUCAGAUUCGGCGCAGGGCAGCACCAUGGUGUGCCCAUCUGGCACCACGGGCACCAGAUCAGGAAAGAGCUGCUCGAACUGUACAAGCACGCAGGCUACAACGGGUGGGACUUUGCAGAGAAGGGCGAGAAGGAGACGGACCCUGACUGGCAGCGGGCUGUCUUCUGCAUCUGCCCUCCAGGGCACUCCCAGUGGACCAGCCGACCAUUCAAGGCUUUGAUGUCAGGGUGCAUCCCAGUGACCUUCUUCAGAGAGCACGACAACCCGUGGGGCGACGAGCUGGAGUAUUCGUCUUUUUCCAUCAACGUUGACCCGGACAACAUAUGGCAGCUCAAGGAACGGAUUGACGCCGUGAAGAACCAGCCUGAGCUCAUGCAGAGGAUGCAGAAAAACAUAAUUGGUGUACAGGAAUUGUUUCGAUGGACAGGAGUUCUUGAUCGAUCAGCCGAGUCCAUGCUUAUACGCCGGCUUCGGAAGCGAGCGACCGAGCUUCGACCUUUUCAAUUGCAGAUGGCUAGAGAAAGGGGAAUUGAUGAGAAGCUACGCAUGACUAGUGGCUAGCAUAUUGUUUUCAACGAUAAAUAUACAGUACCUAGUUGUGUCAUGUGAAGUCCCAAUUUUGUAGACUGAUACCUGGGACGUUCAGUACAGAUCAAGCUGGUGAUGCCCCUGCUUCAGGUGCUUCUUUAGUGGC